AUGUUUUUAUUACUUUCUUCUGAUGAUGAUGGUUCAUCAAAAUUAAACUUUAAUUUCUUAUUAUUUUUUUUAGGUUUCUUAUUGUUACUUUUUUUAUUUGAGAAUUUUGGUGAAAUUGAAUUAUCUUUAUCUUUUGUUACUGGUUUAUGUUUUCUUUUACUUUCUUUAUUAUCUUUAUCCUUUUUAUUGUUAUCCUUUUUAUUGUUAUCCUUUUUAUUGUUAUCUUUAUUUGGUAAUUUGGUUGAUGUAUUAGGUGAGUCAUCAUUUUUAUUUGAUAAAUAA